AUGCAAAAAGUUAUCCUCCUGGCACUUCUGGUGGCGGCCACCACUACGGCAACACCCGUGAAUCAGGCCAGCCCUAUGAACUUUGGAGAGGCACUCACCAAUAUGUACACGGCCUUCCAGAAGAUGAUGCCUUGUGGCUAUCCUGCCGAUAACAUUCCCGUUCUUGAUCCUUUCCGCAUUGAGCAACAGUCCUUCAACUCUGCUACCGAUGACUACAGCUUUGUGGGUAAUAUUACCAACUUGUACAUUACCGGUCUCAGCAACUUCCACCAUGUCGGAAAGAGUUACAAUGAAGACACGGGCUUUUCAAGCUUUGACAUCAUCUUCCCCGAGAUUCAAAUCCUCGGCGAAUACGAUGUGAAUGCCUUUAUGAACGUUGCGGGCUUCCCUCUUCGUUGGACUCAGAGCGGUCUCAUCAAUGAGAAGUUCAUCGAUUUGCGAUAUGUGGCUAGCUAUACCAUAGCCAGUCCCGUAAAUGCUACUGAUAAGCUCAGCGUUACAAACGUUAAUCUAAACUUUUACUUAUCCGAUGCUGCCUUUGACAACUGGAACGUUUUGUGGGACAUCUCGACCAACAACUUUGUGAAUAAGGCCGAUCGCGAAUUGCUUCUGAUGUUGGUGGAGCAGAUUCAGCCGCAGGUGAAUUAUAUUUUAGACAAAUAUGCCCUGCCCUAUAUUAACGAGUAUCUGGGACAAAUGAGCAUGGAUCAGCUUAUUAAUACUCUCAAUAGCAUGGCAGCUUCUUUUGAAAAGGCCGACUGCAAUGUUGUGGCUUAG